CAUAUUUUUUUUGCAUUAAACUGCACACUCCAUGAAAAUAUUUGUCUAUAUAGUAUAUUUUUUAAUGUAUAUCAAGUUUAAGAGCGCGAAAUUAACGUUAAGGUAUCUAACAUUGGUGAAGUUUGUCAGACUUUUCAGACUGGAUGUGUAGGACUGUGAAUCCGAGGUCCAUCAUUCGCAUCUCGCUGCCGCGAAAUCGCGUUUCGCACUUGGUGUACGUGGGUGUGUUAUAGAGUGACGGUCAAGUCACACUAUUCAAUAAGAGUUAGCGGUGGGUGUUGUUGACUAGCUUCCUUCUGUUAGUUAAAAAUUAGGAACGACUAAUGCAAAUAACCUUUGUGUAGAGUUGCGCUAGUAUCCGAGACAUACAAACAAGCAAACGUUUCAAUACAGGUUAUUUAUAUAUAUAUAUAAGAAAUGAUGUGGAACUGAGCGUAUUUUACUUUUUAAAAAAAGAGGUCACUGAUUUAGCGAAUUAUUAAACAAUCGUUACUGCUCCAGUGUCUUGCUCUAUGACGUAACCGACAGUAGCGUCACCCGCAUCACGCUGUUACUCAGGUGAACCGAUGGUUUGUUAGCUGUGUCUAGACAGUGGCGGCCUUAUGAUUUGCUUUAUUUAGCAGUCUUUAGACUUAGCUGUUACAUUUACUAUCUGAUACAGGAGGAGAUCUCCACAAGUGAACUGUGUUGCUAGCGCUAUAACCUACGAAGUAGCAACUAGUGAAACACUACGGGUUCAAGGAAAUGCCGCAAGCUUGGUCACUGACUAAUAAGGUUUUUGAAUUGUUGUCGAACUUUUUUCGAAGUUAUCUUAGUUUUGGAAGUUUGUACCACAUGACAGUAUCUGCUUUACAAAUUGUCAUUAUUGUGAUAGCUGUAGUAUUAAUGCUGGGAUUCAUCACCUGUAUCCUCAGUCACUACAAGAUGGGUGCAUGGUCAUGGCAAGAAGGAUGGGGCAGGCCACCUCUUAGUCCUUUAGAGCCCCAGAGCUUCCUUCAAGGUAGAUCUCCACAGAACAUGUCUCCAGUGGAGCAUAAUUAUACACCUGCAUCACAUUCCUCAGUGCUGUAUACCCCUGACAGUCUAGAAAAACAUAGAAAGAUGGAUCUUGCCUCUAAGCAAGAUCAACAGAUAAGACAGCAAACGGUGCAGAUGGACUUUACUUUAGGUCUACCAGCUACAAUAUCUUUACCUGAUGGUGAAAAGUUCCCGCACAUUGGUUCAAAGUCUGUCCAUGUGCAGGAUUCCAUUCAAGACAAUGAAAUACUUAGAAGCUGGAUAAAACCACCACCUAACAAAACAGUAUCAAAAAACGAAAAUCCUCCUCCAUAUCAGCCAAACUCUUUUUGUCUCUUAUCAAAGCCAGUAGUCUUGCAGACUCCAAAUAUUAGUUCCCUAGUCGUACAUUCAAACAGUGGUCAUUUGAAUGUUAAUGCUGAUAUUCCCAGUAAUCAUUGUAAUUACUUACAAGAAUCUUGUAAUGUUAUGCUCCUUUCUCAUAUUGAGAUAUCCAAUAUUGUGUCUACUAGAGACACCUCAGGCAGUGGUCAGGAUGAUAGGUCAAUUUCUGAGAGAGAACAGUCAGUUUUAAAUGCAGUAGACUCACCUCCAUUCUAUUGUGAUUUUACUGACAAUCAAGACCAUUUUACUGAUAGUACCAAUGGAGUCUAACUGCUGUCUGGUUCAGUGAUUAGGAAAUUUUUCUAUGGAAGAAAUGUGAUAUGUAACUUUAAAUACCACUUUUGAAGAGUAGUGCUUAAUGGAAUUCAAGGAGAACUGCUCCUGAAGGACCAGAAUCAGAUCUGGUGUAUUGCUAAUGACUACAUCUAGUGAUGGCCUGUUCUCAGAGUGCCUCAGAUAAAGUUGUGAAUUAUUUGUUAUUCACUUUCUGUUUCUUUUGCUACCAGCUUUUUAUAACCAGUAUAUUGUAUGUCUGAGACAUACUAAUAUGUAUAGAUAUAUUAGUAGUUUUGUUUUAUCUUAUGAAUUUAACAUCCUACAACUUCAGUUUAUAACACAUCAUUCUGUUUCUGUUAACUUGUGGUGUCUUAAACAUUGAGUCGUAAAUUAUGUGCUUUCAAGUAUAAAAGUAAAUGUAGAUAUAUGUCAAGUUUGUUAUUAAGAAAUUGAACAAAGUGAGUUCUGUUAUGACAAGAAGUGUGGAUUAAAAGAUGUGUACAAAGACCUGCAUUAUCGUAAGGUACUGCAGGAAUUGGUGCUAUACUUUGUUAAAGAAUCUGAAGUUUACUUGAGAAAGAAUAACUUAGGCCAGAAGCUUAACUAGUACUUGGUGUAUAGUACUGAAUUGUGUUGUUGUUGUUGUUGUUAUUUUCAAAAACAAAGUGCCCUUUCCAUGCUCAUAUCUUAUUGCUUUAUACACUUUGAAGAGCUGCUUUUGUCUUCUUUUUUUUCUGGACUUUUGUUUUAAAAGCAUCAUGAACUUUUUCUAUUGUUGAAGUUGUAUUCCAAGAUGAGGAUUAUUAUCUUAUUACCACAUUCACCAGCUUUUUCUUUUUCAUACGUAUUUUACAAACAAUGCAUUGGCUGUUAUGAAGAAUAAAGUUUUCAUAUACAGGAUAGAUUUAUUCUGCUAGGUUUUUUGUUAUUAUCUGUAGCUAGUUAACUUUGUUGUAAUGUAAUUUGACAGGGUAUUAAAAUAAGGUGGAAUCUCUAAUUUGAAAAAAUUCCAACCUAAAAAUGUGUAGUAGUUUUUACUUAUACAUGUAUUUCUGGUCAACAAUAAAAAUCCUGUAUGUUGUAUUUUAGUGGAACAUGUGUCAUCAUACUGUGCCAAGUAUGUAAAAAACAAGAAGAAGAAAAAAUGUUUUGUUGUGAUACUGUUUUGUGUAUUUCAUAUACUGCUUUGGAUCAGGGUUGUACAUUUUGCCUAUUGAAUACAGUUGUGAUUUAUCAGCAGUUUGAGUUUGUACUUUUAGAAAUUUUCAGUCCAUUAAUAAGUUUUAAAAAUGUGUUCAGUUCUUAGUUAUACCAAAUGGUGACCUAACUUUUGGACUUCAUCUUAAAUGUUUCAACUGACAUGACACUGACUAACUUUAAACUAAAAUAAAAUUCAAUAAGUUGCAUUUUUAUUAAUUGCUCUAAAAUACAUUCAGUAAUUGAACCUUUUUCAUGCAUAAAAUUAGACUUGUAAUUAGUGGCUUAGAAAAAUUAACUAAUUGGCUCAUCUCUUUGGUUUAUAAUUUGUUUUUAGUUAUUCUUUGAGAAUAGAUAUUUUGGAAAGUUGUUGUGAAACUGAAACUCAAUUAAACCUAAUUAAAACUAUCUGCUGUCAAAAAUGUUUUCAAAUGUGAAAAACUUUAAUGUAUCAAUAUAGAAAAGAUCAUCCUUGUUAAAAUAAAUAUUCUUUUGUUUAAUUUUUAUAAUAUUUCAAUAUCUAAAGCGAGCAUAGAAUUUUAAGCAAAACUUUCUACACUACACAUCUUUCUAAAUAUCCAUUACAUGUAUAAUAAUGUGAAGAACAGUCUCGUGUUAAAUUUUUUUUGAUUGAUUCGUACAUUGUUUGAGCCUAUGAUGAUUUAAAAUAUUUUGAUUUUUGAGAAGUAAAAGAUUUUGCUACAUUU